GAGUCCAACAGGAAAGUGGCAACCAUGAUGAAGUGGCUCGUUGUCCUCUCUGCCCUCGCAGCUCUGUCCGAGUGCUUCCACAAGAUCCCUCUGAUCAAGGGAAAGACUGCCAGGGAAACCCUGCAGGAGAAAGGACUAUGGGACGAGUACAGGAAGCAGCACCCAUACAACCCAAUGGCCAAGUUCUACCAGAGUGGCACUGAGCCUAUGACCAACGAUGCUGACCUGUCCUACUACGGUGUGAUCUCCAUCGGCACUCCUCCUCAGUCCUUCAGCGUUAUCUUUGACACUGGCUCCUCCAACCUCUGGAUUCCUUCAGUUUACUGCAACAGCCAGGCCUGCCAGAACCACAGGAAAUUCAACCCCCAGCAGUCCUCUACCUUCCACUGGGGCAGCAAGCCUAUUUCCAUCCAGUAUGGCACCGGUAGCAUGACUGGAUAUCUGGCCAGCGACAAUGUUGAGGUUGGUGGCAUCACUGUGUCGAACCAGGUGUUUGGAAUCAGCCAGACAGAGGCCCCCUUCAUGGCUCACAUGCAAGCUGACGGCAUCCUGGGACUGGCCUUCCAGUCCAUCGCCUCUGACAACGUCGUCCCUGUCUUUGACAACAUGAUCAAGCAGAGCCUUGUGUCCCAGUCCCUCUUCUCUGUCUACCUGAGCGGCAACUCAGAGCAGGGCAGCGAGGUGGUCUUUGGUGGUAUUGAUAGCAGUCACUACACUGGACAGGUCACCUGGAUCCCUCUGACCUCAGCCACCUACUGGCAGAUCAAAAUGGACAGUGUUACCAUUAAUGGGCAGACUGUUGCUUGCGCUGGUGGCUGCCAGGCCAUCAUUGACACCGGCACCUCUCUCAUUGUUGGCCCAACCAAUGACAUCAACAACAUGAACUCCUGGGUUGGAGCCUCUACCAACCAGUACGGAGAGGCCGUCGUCAACUGCCAGAACGUGCAGAGCAUGCCUGAUGUUACUUUCACUCUCAACGGACACGCCUUCACCGUCCCUGCAUCUGCCUACGUCUCCAAGAACUAUUACGGAUGCAACACUGGCUUUGGCCAGGGAGGCUCUGACCAGCUCUGGAUCCUGGGAGAUGUCUUCAUCAGGGAGUACUAUGCCAUCUUCGACGUCCAGGCUCAGUACAUUGGUCUGGCCAAGUCUGUGUAAUCAAACAAGGCACCUAAUGGAUAAGCUAUAAAUCAGUAAUUUCCUAUAGGGGCUUUAUGAUUAAAGAAGGGCUGAGAAGUAUUGG